AUGAUGCCUUUUUUGCACUUGCUUGUGGUGUUGGCUGCUGCCCCAGACGUUCUAGCUUUUCCAGAUUUUGUCAUCGAAAAUGGCAGCCCUGUUCUGGAGAAUGUCUCUGAGCAUACACGGGUUGCCAUAAUCACUGUGUCUGUCUCACCUUCCGCUUCUCUGAUUGGAGAUCCUGUUAUCAUUAAUGCCGACCCUGUAGUCCAUCCAUUUGUGCUGUCUCGUCGAUCCACACACCAGUGGGAAUUACUCACCACUGGAGUACCCAAGCUGGACUUCGAGAAGGUGCCUCUCUACUCCUUGGUAAUCUAUGCCAAAGACAGCCACAGGGCGACAGCAUCCCAGACCAUUUUAAUCCAGAUUGCGGAUGUGAACGAGCCGCCCACCUUCAGUGGAGCCCUUGCUCAGAGAGACCAAGUUACUGAGAUUUAUAUCCUGGAAGACACUGCCCCGGGCACAGUCAUUUACAGAGCAGCAGCCGAGGAUCCAGAGGAUGCUGUUUUGGAGUACUUCCUUUCCCCGGAGGGCUCUGGCUUCACAAUCGACAGCAUCGGAACAAUUUCUACAGCCGCAGUUUUUGAUUUUGAGAGGGAAGCUAGAAGCUACACUUCCAAUUUCUCACUAGCUGUUAAAGUGGUUGAUCCCGGAGGACUGUUCACUGCCGGGAAUCUAAAGAUUUUCCUCAUCAAUGUCAACAAUAAAGACCCAGUUCUUACCUGCAGUUUAUUCAAUAUUGAAAAUGAUGUCUUGAGUGUUACUUCUAUAAAGUCGACUCUGCACAAUGAAGUCAACAUCACCCUGGAUGAAGAAAUCCCAAUUGGGAAAAUGAUUGGAGUGUGCCAGGCCACUGAUGAAGAUAAUUUGGGAGAUUUAACCUUUGAAUUAGAUCCAUGGAAUGUUUACUUUGCAAUUGACAAAGAGCACGGGACCGUGGUAACCACUGCACGCCUUGACGUGGAAAGGGCUGGGUUUGCACGCGUUCAGUCCUUCUCCAUUAAGGCCUGUGACCAGGAGCAGCGGUGUGCGGCAAUUCUAGUGACGGUCUAUAUCCACGGCAUUAAUGACAACUCCCCUUUCUGUGACCAGUAUCUGAUUAGGUACACAGGCAAAGAGGUGAUUGCAAAUAAUACAGUAGUUUCAAAGCUCUUGUGUCAUGACCUUGACGAGCCUCCUGAUAUGAUACAUUAUGCUCCAAGCUCAGGGCCAGUGGGGCCUGGACAGCUCUUCAAACAAGUGCCAACGGCUGAAAACUGUGUCCAGGUUGCCAAAGAAAUGGAUUAUGAAGACCCAGAGAUGAUUGCUGCUGGACACACCUAUGAAAUAACAAUUUCAGUAUUUGAUGAUCCACAUCCCUCCCACACGGUAACUGUGACGAUCAUUGUACAGAUUGCUCCGGCCAAUGAUUUCAGCCCUGUGUUUAAAGCUGCGCACUACUCAUUCUCUGUUCCAGAAACAUCAGGAGCUUUCUACAAAGUUGGAAGAGUGACCGCCAUUGAUGAAGACUACCCACCAAACUGUGUUACGUACAAAAUAGCUAGUGGAGACAUUCAAGUUAUACAAAGAUUCUGGAUUCACCCUCUCUCUGGAAUGAUUGAGCUCACCACACAGCCGGACUAUGAGACUGUGAAGCAGUAUAACCUCACGGUGGAAGGUGUGGACUGUGACAAACUUCAUCCUCGCACAGCGAUGACCAUGGUCACUGUAGACAUCGAAGAUGAGAAUGAUGAGGCACCUGUCUGCACACCCUCUCUCUAUAAGGCCGUCAUUUUUGACAAUGUUGUUGCUGGGACAAACGUCAAUGGCUUCAAACUAAACUGCCACGACAGAGAUUCACAAGAUUUUGAAAUGCGCUUUGAGAUAGUUUCUGGAAAUGAGAACCAUCACUUUGGAUUUGACCCAACUCGAGGUUCAAAUACUCCAAAAUUAAUUGUGAAGAACGCUUUUCACUUUGAAUCUGGAGCUGAAUUGCAGCGGCAGUACCAUCUCGUGGUCCACAUAAUCGACGACAACCUGAAACAUGGCAAAGCCACCAAGCCUAGGACAGGCACUGCUAUUAUAGAUAUUUAUGUGGCAAGGGCCAGUGUGCCACCUCCUGCAACCACCAGUUCUGAACAAAGAAAAGGCCUGACCAUCGUGUACACAGCCAUCAACACAUACACAUCCAGUGGCUGGUACAUUCCUUUCAUCUUCACUCUGAUGGCUGUUUUCUUUGCCGGGUUGGUUUCAUGGGUAUGUUUCCUGCUCUGGAGAUACGGAAACACCAUGCAAUGCUGUCAGAAAACGGCCAAGGAAGUCUCCAAGCCCAAAACCAAGGGAAUAAAGUAUAUUGCAGGAGAUAGAAAUCAAAUGGAAAAGAUUGUCAUGGAAAACAGAAAUAAAAAACUAGAAGUAUUAACAGAAACCAUUGUGUAUGAAACUAUAUUUGAUGGAGAAGCCAUUGAUCCAGUCUCUGGGAAUGUGUAUGAAUAUAACAGCAGAACAGGUGCACGAAAGUGGAAGAAGUCCCCCAGGCACCAGGAGGCGUCCUUGGCGAGCAUGUAUGCCCUCCCUGAACCCCACCCUUCUGAGGAGUCCACGUCCUUAAGAAUUCCCAUGCAGGACUAG